AAUGGCAAGCAAUAACAAGUGCCAAGUGGUGGCGAUGGAUUAAAUAUUUUAGGGUUUUUGCAUUAAAUCACCUUUAUUGUAAAUAUUCUACCUUUACAAAAACUUAAUUUCUUAACCUGAACUUUGUUUAACAAUAUUAUCGCAUUAAUGUACGCUGAAAAUAAAACAAUAUGUCUGAAAACGAAAGAAACAUCGGAAGUCAUCAUAGAAAGGAUCAAAACCCUGAUGAUUCUGAUUCCAAUUUAGCAGCGCCAGUUAGUGUUGUGUCGAGUGUUGCAGGCAGUGUUAAACAUUACAAGCAACAAGCAUCUUCAUCUGAGAGACAAAUAAAAUUUGAGAAAGCUCAGAAAUGCUUAGAGAAUGCAGUGCUUGUGUCCAAGAGGAUAAAAGAGCACAGGAAAGCUACUGCUGAACUAUUGGGCCGUCCCUUUGAGGAAGAUGUCACCGACACAGCAUCAGAACUGGGAACCACCAUGAGUGAGAGGACAGGUUACUCAGUCUCAACUGAAGCUUCAACAUUGUCCGUUCAAGACGCACUCAACAUUCCCGGUAUAAGUGAGAGUUUGGCGAACACAUUGAAGCAGAAGGAAAUAUUAAUGGAAAGAAUUAAACAAUACAAAGAGAUAAACAAGCGACCAACGAAAAAAACAACUCCCACUCCCACCCGGGGACUUCCGACUGAAACAGCAGAUAAAAAGAGCUCCGACGGUACAGAUGUAUCGAAACUUAUGAGUCUAGUUAAAGAGAAAGAAAAUAGCUUGAGUGUUAUACAAGUUAAGAUGAAGGCAAUGGAAAAUACCAUACUGGACUUACAGGAGAAGGUCACCGAGAAGGAUCAAAUCAUUGAGGCCAAGAACAGAGCCACCACCUUAAUAUCCGACAGCCUCAGUAAGAAAGAAAGAGAAACGUUAGAUUUAUUAGAAGACACAAAAGAACAGAUGACAAAAAUGCAAAGUAAUUUUAUAGCCAUGGAAACAGAAUGGAAAGAGGAAAGACAGAAACUAUUAAACGAAUUGAGUGAAAAAAAUAGCGCAAUCAAAAGCUUGGAAGAAGCAAAUACUAUACUUGAAAAUGCAAGAUUCGAAGUCAGUGUUGAAAAUUCUAAACUGUCCGAGGAACUGGAACUCAGAACUAAAGAAAUUGUUAGUUUACAAGACAAACUGCAGCAGCUAACACAGACCUGCGCCCAGGAAGCCAAAGAUAAUACAGAGGCUGUGGAAGAAAAGGGCUCGAUCGAAAUAAAUAAUAUGGAGGAACUUACAAAGAAAGUUGAAUUGUUGGAACAGAUUAACUUUGAAAUUCGUCAGACGAAUAAGGAACUCGAAAGCCAACUAGCCACACUCACCGUUGAAGCUAAACCAGUCGUUUCACCGGCUAAAAGAGGCAGUCCACUUCCGACCCGGAAGGGAGGCAGGAGUACGGCCUCGAAAAUGAAAUCCCCAUGGAGUCAACUGUCCUCGGAAUCACUCCCUCAAGAACAGGAUAAGAAAGCUAAACCGGAUAAAACCAAGACGGAUAUGCUCCUGCAAUCCCUUAACAAGGAAAUAUUGGACAAGGAAUACGUUAUAUCUGAAAAGAAUAUCCAGAUAACGGAACUGGAAAACAUCAUACAACAGAAGGAGACCAGAAUAAAUGAACUGCAAUCCUCGAUGGAUGAUAGAGUUCCUGAAAAGGCGGAUGCUGGAAUGACGACUGAUGAUGCAGUGGAGACAGUACGAGGCGAUGAUUCAGAAGCAACAUUGACUGUAAGCGAACUUCAACAUAAGCUGAAAUCAGCGGAAGACACGAUCGCAACUCUCAGCGCCGAGAUCGACACAGCCAACAAGAAUAUGAUCAAAGUCAAGUCCAACUCCAAACUGAAACUGAAACAGAUGCAGAAGACAAUUGAUAAUUUCAGUAAAGUGUCUGACGCGAACGCUGAAAUUGUGAAGUUAAACGAGGAGAUCCACCUUCUCACCCAGAGAGUCGCUGAGUUGGAAGUGGAGAAAGGUAAUCUGCAGCUACACCUGGUGGACUACGACAGUGGCAGAUUGACUGAAUCAGAUGUCUACAAGAAACUCAUAGAGAUGGAAAACGUAGCAGAGGCCAGGCUGACAUCUAUCAGUUUGCUAGAGACACAGAAGUUUGAUCUGGUUCAAGAGUUACACAGCUUGCAGCAGAAGAAUUUAGAGAUGGAAGAUAAGUUAGCAGACAUAUCGCAACUACAGAGCGAGCAAGUCUCUUCCGAAAUGAAGUCGGUGCAGUUAGAGGAACAGAUCGACAGCUUGAUGGCUUGCAAGAAAGAGCUGGAACUGGUCAUAGACAACCUCAAACUGGAUAAAAACCAACUCGAAGCUACCAUAAAAUCAUUACAAGAUGAAAAAGACGAACUGGCGCAGAAGUUAGAAAAUUGUAUUCAAGAAAACAUUGAACUCGCCGAUAAAUUAGGAAAAUUGAGCGCGGAGAAAGUCAGUUCAGCCGAAUCUAUAGAGAUCGUCGAAUCUUUGACAUCGCAAGAGAAACUGGAACUCGAAGAAUAUAGCAAAGGUCUUCAAACGGAACAGAAAACUAAAGAUGGCGAAUACAAGGACUCCGGCAAACACGAUGCUGAGGCGUGCAAAGAAAAAUUACUCGAAGAAAUCGUAGAAUUGAAGAAUAGGAUAGAACUCUUCACUGUGGAGAGGCAGGAGGUGAUGGAAAGAAUGAGCAAGCUGUCCACAGACAAUGAGACGUUGAAUGAGAGUAUAGCAGUAUUAAAGGAACAGUGUGAGACGCUCAAACUUAACAUAGACUCUCUGGAUCAAGAGAGGAACCAGCUCGUGAUGGAGAAAGAAGAUCUCAACCGUCAACUAGAAGAAUUGAAGCAAGAGAAAUCGGAUAUCCUCAAAGAGACCGCUGACGUGGUUAAAUCAUCAGCCGCUGAUGACGUCACAGACGGAACCGCAGCUGAAUCUAGUCAACAAGACGACAAAACAACCGGAGACAAAGGUGCCAGAAACAAGAACGUGAAGCAAUUGACUAAAGAAAUAUUAAAACUUAAAAAUACGAUAAAAGAAAGGGAAGAAGAUAUCGCUGACUGUCAAAUGAAAAUACUCUCAUUGGAAGAACAGCAAGAAAAACAUAAAGAAAUACUACAGAGCCAAGCAGCGUUAGAGAAAUUAGUUAAGAAGCUGACAGAGGAAAAUAAUGACCUGAGGAAGGAGAUCGAGAAUAUAAAUAAAGACAAUAGGACGGAGCAACAGCAAAAUAUAUCACAGGCGCAUGAAAUGAUGCAAAUGGAGGCGCAAAAACUACAUCAAGAUUACACCGCUGCUAUAAACGCGCGAGAUGCUAGGAUACACGAGCUGGAGAAUGUUCUGAUCGAAUAUGAGAAACAAGUCAUCAGCUACAGCAACACGCUCCAGCAGAAAGACAAAGAACUAGCAGAAUAUAUAAACCAGAUAACGAAACUCAACGACGUGUCACAGAAAUUGAAAUCCACCAUAGAUGCACUCGAAGAGGAGAAGUCGAAGGAUCAGAAUUCAGAAGUUAUUAAAUCCUUGAACAAACAAAUCGGCCUUUAUCAAAAGACUCUGUCAGACAGCGAGGACAAACUAAGGAUAUUAGACGAAGAGAAAUCCCAACUGGCAUCCGUGAAGGCUAAACUUGAAAAUAUAAACGGCAAUCUUGAAAGCGAGUUGAAAAAAGUACAAGAUUUGCUGGCAGAGAAACAAUCACAGCUCCAAGAUUUACAGGCGCAACAACAAAAACAUUCCGAGGAGCUCGCUAACGCGCGGUUACAGGCUAAGGAACGGGACGAAGAGAUACAUGAGAUAAAGUUACAGCUAAGGAAGGAAUCCAUAGAUAACGAGAAACUACACAACAUCGUUGUUCAGAAGAGCAAUGAAAUAAAUGAUCUAACCAAAAUGUAUGAAGCCGCUAAGGAAACGUUGAAUGCCGUUUCCGUGGAUAAGACCUCUCACGUCGAGCAAUACGCAGCUUUGGAAGCCAAGAAUAAGGAGCUGAUGGAUAAGUUAAAGAAGUUUGCCGCUAGCAUCAAGAAGAAGUCUGCUAUGUACAGCGACUUGGAAAAUCAACUUCAUGAGUCACAGAAACAACUGCAAAUGAAAAACGAAUCAUACGAACAGCUAUUGAUCCAAGUUGAAACGCUGCCAGCCCUGCAAGAAAAAUUAAAACAUGCAGAAGAAGAAUUCAACAGGCUGCAACAUCUCAAAAUUUCACUCGAGCAAAAGUCGCAAGAAGUAAUGGCUUUACAGACAGACAACGAAACACUGAAGCGGAACGCCGCCAAUAACAGUGCGACCGUUUCAAGACUGAACGAGUCUAUUGAACUUCUCAAUAGAGAUUUAUACAUGCUUCAAGAGGAAAAUAAUAAUUAUAAAACGCAAGUGGAAAGUUUAAACAAUAAGAUGGUCGAAUGUGAGAUAGAUCAGAAAAACUACACUAACCUCGUCACCAAAAUAUCUUGCUUGGAAUCAGAGUUGAGCCAAAAGCAGGCGCAUAUAACCGAGCUGUUAAACCAAGUGGAGAUGAACAACGAAAAGCUAAAUCAAGUGCAAUACGGUCAAGACGCGAAAGUUCAAGAGCGGGAAAUGUACAUAGAAAAUUUACAAUGUGAAAUAGACAAAUAUAAGAAUAGAAUUGAACGUCUCGAGCAAUGCGUUUCAACUAUGGAGAGCACUCGGCAAUCUUUAGAGAGAAAGGCGGAUGAUUUGGGUUCGCAGUUACAUGAGAAGCGAAAAGCGUAUAACGAGUACAUGAAUCAAGAAGACGAACUGAUAACCAGGCUCGCUGUCUUGAUGGAUCACGACAGGGUGGUGGAGAAGCAACUGCGCGAAAUAGAAGCUGAGAACAAGGAAUUACGUUCCAGAGGUCAAAGUCUUAGCGAAGAGUAUCACGCUUUAAAAUCUGCCUACCAAGCUUUACAGGAGAAGGGCGCUACUUUAGAAAUGAAAGCAAACAAUGUGGAUGCUCUCGAAAGUGAAUUGUCGAUGUAUCAAAACAAUUGCAGACAGUUGGACAGUGACCUGAAACGAAUCACUUCUGAUCAUGAACACUUAUUGGCUCAGAAGAAGAGAGACAUCGAAGAGCUGGAGUCCGAGUUCCACACACAAAUAGAACAUUCCGUUAAAGAAAAGAAAUUACUAAGCGAAAAAUAUGAAAAACUUGUCGAACACGUCUCGCAGUUGGAAACGAAACUCGACGAGUACAGAAACACCAUAGAGCACCUUAACUUAAAUCUGAGAGAAAUGGAAGCUGAAAAUCAAAAUUUAGUCCAGAAAUUCUCAAGUCCUGAUAAAAUGACUGCUCCGGAUUAUACAGAACAGUAUAUAAGCGAAAUCAACAGACUAAACUCUUUAUUGAAUAGUAAAAGUAUGGAAAUCACAGAAAUAAACAAUUCAAACCAAUUGAUGCAAACGAAUAACUUAUCUCAAAUAUCAUCAUUGGAGAGCAGAAACAUGGAUUUGUCUGACAAAUAUGAAACUCUACUGAGACAAGUUGACAGCUUGAAUUCGGAAAUCGAGUCUCUUAAAGACAACAUCAAACAGCUUCAUCAGACGGUGAGUCAGAAAGACGAACAAAUUAAACAACUCAUGGAGAAAAAGAAGUUAGUGUUCGAAAUGAACAUACCGAAGACGGAGGGCUUAACGAUUUCAUCUACUAUAGAGGAAAUUGAUAGCAGUCAAACACCGUUUGACAUCUCCUCGCUCCAGUCACAGAUAAUAUCUGACACCCAACCGUUACAUGCUGACGAUCAGCCGAUUGUAAAGCGCAGUGUUGAAUCCGUGCAACAACAUUCAGAGUCACAUGCUCUCGCUGAAGGAGCAAUAGAACCAACCAUCACUCCUAAGAAAACUUACCUUUGCUAUAAGGAGGAAGACGGCGCUGAACUGGCGGAUAGCGAUCCCUUCAAUUCCGAUGAGGGUUGGGGCUUCGGCACUCAGGAAGUAACCGAAGAUGUAAUCCCUGGCUUAUCUCAUUUGAAUCAACAAAUCCAAGAACUUAAAGAAGCCAAUGAGAAACUUAAAUCCGAAUUGAAGACCACAAAUGCAAAAUUAUUAAAAGCUUUGAAAAAACUGAAGGACUUGAAAGCUGCCAAUGAUGUUUUAUCUAAUGAGCUCAAAAUAUCAAAACAGAUAUCCCAAUCUUCGAUUCUGGACAUGGCCAUUGAGAGCGAACUGUCCAGUAACUUAAAAAUGUUGGAAACCAAAGUCGAGGGACUCAGUAAUCAACUAAACGAUGAGAAACGAGAUAAGGAAAGUGUGAGAAAACAAAACGAUGUUCUGAGACAGACCAAUGAAAGAUUGAUGGAAACGAAGGAAAAGUUAGAAAACGAAUUGGAAUCAUUGAAAGUUAAUUACAGACAAGUUAGUGGAAAACUAUCUACAGUACAGUGGGGCGGAGAUUACACCAAUACAGAAGUGUCGACAGUCGCGCAGUCUACAUCUAGACAGAUAGCUAACGUCAAUCCAGACUUAGAGAGUGAAAUGAAUAAGCUAGAGAAAGAAAACGAUGAGUUGCAAUCUAUGAUCGACUCUUUGAAUACAAAUAACAAAGAUCUGUCUAAUGAACGAACACAUUUGAAAGAAGAAAUAAACCGCCUCAAUAACCAAAUACAAGAGCAGAAACAAUUAUACGAUAACUAUGAAAGUUUGAAAAUUCGAUUGGAAGAAAUACAGGAUACGAAUAAGUCCUUAGAGCUCACCAACAAAGAACUUAAAGAGACCGUCAAUGAUAUCGAAGUACGGUACAAUGAAGCGAUGGUCAAUUACGAGGCUUUGAAAACGGCUUUAGAAGAGAAAGAAAUGUACUUUAAAAAUACCGAAACUGAACUACAAGAUAAAAACCUUAAAUUGACAGAAGAAUUAAAAUCAUCACGAGUGUUCGAGGACCGAGCCAAUUCAACCAUACUGGAAUUAAACUCGGAAUUGGACGAAUUAAAGUCUCAGUUGUUAUUAGCUCAAGAGAAACAAAACGCACAAACGCCACCCGACGUAAAUUCAUUGUUACUAUCAGAAAAAUACAACUCCAUGGAGCAACAUUGUCUAGAUUUAAAAACUACUUUGGAAGAAACUUCAAUUAAGCUCCAACAACAGCAACAGGAAAAUAAGGACCUCCGAGAUAGAGUCCUGGUAUAUGAAGAACAAAUCAGCGAUCUAAAUAUCAAGCAUAACAUGAGCCUAGAAAAUAACCAACAACAGUGUCUACACUUGCAGAACACUGUCGAUGAAACAUUAAAUAGGCUGCAAACACUACAACAAGAAAACAUACUACUACAAGACAAAAUAAAGGAAUACGAGAGACAGGUCGCCGAUUUAACAAUUAAUGUACAAAACCUUCAAAGCGAAAACAACCAAGCAUAUUGUGAAGAUUUAAAAAUAGCUGUGAGUGACGCGAUAAGCAAACUCCAGAUUCAAGAACAAGAAAACACAGUAUUACAAGAUAAAAUUAAAGAGUACGAAGUGCAGGUUAAUGACCUUACUAUGCAGUUCCAAAAGCUUAACAGUGAAAAUGAUCAGUUGCUGUCUACUGUCACUGAGUUACGGUCAUCCAUCUCCAGCGCCAUGGAUCAGCGUGGAUUCGAAAUUGCUGAACUUUGGAAACAGCACUUGGCACAGAGAGAAGGUGAAUUCCAAAAAAUAGAACAGGAUCUUAGAACACAACUGGGCGUCGCUGAAUCGAAGUAUGAACAACUCUUAGAGAACGUUCAGUCGUCGAGCCAGGAAGAGACCGAUAAAAUAAUUAUGACGGAGCAAAUAAAUUCAUUACAGAAUAAAUUGAUUGAAAAAGAAGAGCAUCUUUUGAGUAUCCAAAAUAAGUACGCUGAAGCUGUGAACCAAUUAGACAUGCUCCGAUCGGAAAUGGAAGACGAGAAAGUUAUAAACGAGAAUAAACUGUACGUCAAUCAAGAAGAUAAUGACAGAAUUAUUAACGAAUUGAAUAAAAAACACGCAGAAGAUUGUAGUGAUUUGAAAUCUCAACUUUCUGCUCUGCAAAUAGAAUUAGAUGCAACGAAAAGAGUCAACAUUGAACUGGGACAACAACUAGAAGAAUUGCACAAUAACUAUAAAUCACAAGUCACAGAAAUAUCAAAACAAUUACAGCUCAAAGAGAGCGAAAUAUAUCAGAAGACUCACGACUUCACGGUCAGCUUAAAACAAAGAAACGACGAGUUCGAAACGGUGAGGCAGCAGCUGGUCGAAUAUGAACGGAAACUAGAAGAUACGAUAUACGAAAAGGAAUCGGAGCUGGCGAUACUACGGCUGAAACUACACGAGCGCACCGAGAGCUAUGACAAGAUUAACAGAGAUUUGGAGGCUGAAAAGAACAGCUUAGCCGAAUCACUUAAUGAAAAGAUUAUUGAAUGCACCAGUUUGAGUAAACAGAUAGCCGAGCUGAACAGAGCCAUUGAAGAGCACGCAGACAAAGCGGCCGAAACACAGAUCGUCUUAGAGAGCCAAGAAAUAGAAAUAGUCACUCUGAAGAGCGAACUGUCGGACCUCAAUGACGCUUUCAGAUCGGCCAGAAAUAAAAUCGAAAAGCACGUAACUUUCGCUUCUGAUACCAAGAAGGGGCAAGAGGCCGACACGACGCACGCGACUGAGAAAGACCUGCUGGAUUCAGUUCCUAGAGCGGAAUUAGAUUUAGCGCUGUACAUGUUGCACCAGAGAGAUGUCAGAUGCGAGGAACUGACGAUGGAGCUCACUCAGUUACUGGAAGAGAGAGACACUCUACAGCUCCGACUCUCGGACAGCAUACGAUCCUACGAAGAGUUGAAGUCACGCUACGGUAGUUCGGCUUUAGAUGCCUCCGCCAGUUCCAGUCAUGAUAGUGUAUCCGAACUGCCGAGUUUCACGGUGGAGAAGGAGCGUCCGUUCGUGGACACUCACAGGGGACAGUCUUCCAGGAGUAGCAGCUUCAGCGACCCCGAUGGAGAGAAACCGAAACUACAGGCUAAGCUAUCCGAGCUGCGUACGGUGCGGCACAGCCGGGACGUGCGGCUGCGGCAGGACAGCGAGCAUCGCCAGCUAGACAUGCGGCUGCUGCAGAGAGAUGUCGCCAGUCUGCCGCCGGAAGCCGUCGAGCGGCUGGCGCAAGCUCACCACACGCUCUCCCGAGACUCUCAGAGCACUCCCACCGUCCUGCUGAACUGGCUCCGAGGGAAGAGCACUCCGAAGGUGGUCCACAUGUGAUGGGAUCGUCGCCACAGCGCAGCGUAAUACGAUGGUGUUCGACGAGAACACGCUUGUUAUGUGUAUAGCUUGCCUCAACGGCGCCCGGGAGCUGUGUGCGGGGAGCUGCUGGCACGUAACGCAAAAGUAUAAACAGAUUUUGAUGAAACAACUCCGGUCUGAUAGUUUCGCCGAUAGAUAAACGUCACUAAAACUGUCUCACGUCCGGUAUUCCGCGCAUACACACAGCAUGUCGCUGUGCCUGUCUGUACACGCCGGGCGCAGAGCCCCAGCAGCGGCCGCCAGCGCCCGCCUGUGAGCGGACACGCCUCCCUGUAUCACAACCCGCGGUCAGUCCCGCGCCACUCUCUACAGCCCUCGGCGCUCCCGACCUCUCGUGUGUCUAUAUAUCUCUGUACGUCAUUUGUGUGUCUGUUCUAUCAGCAAUUCCUCCGUAACCUGUCACAGCCGACAUUCCUUUUCAGCGUCUACCAGAAUAAUGUGUAUUUUCUCAAUAAAUCGAUCAGAAUUAUUUGUUAUAAUGAAAUAAUUUGAUAAUCUAAUAUAUAUAUGUAUAUUGAUUCCUCGUAUAUUGACGGGACGGUGCCUUGACGUAACGUACUCGCCGGUGCUGCGCGAGUUACUUUAUGUGUGAUGUAAAUAGUUGUGUAACUCGGCGCUCCGUCUGUUGUUGUGUACAUUAAACGAGUGUUCCGAUGC